CCUUCAAUGUCCCCAUAUAACACUCCUGUCCUACCUGUUAGGAAACCAGAUGGGACCUAUCGAAUGGUUCAGGCUCUGAGGCUGCUGAACUCAAUAGUGCUAACAAGGCCCCCAGGGGCCCCCAAUCCAUAUAAGCUAUUGGGAAGGAUCCCACCAGAACACACACGGUUCAGUGUGGUAGAUUUAAAAGAUGCAUUCUGGACUUGCCCCUUGCAUGAGGAUUCCCGCCCCAUGUUUGCUUUUGAAUGGGAGAAUCCCCAUACAGGGAGAAAGCAACAGUAUCAAUGGACUGUUUUGCCCCAAAGGUUUACAGAGUCCCCAAACUUAUUCGGGCAAAUACUAGAACAGGUGUUGGGAGAAUUGACUUUGCCUAAACAAAUAACCUUAAUUCAAUAUGUGGAUGAUCUACUAGUGUCAGGCAAGAAGCAAAAUGAGGUGAGACAGGCUACUAACCAGUUGCUAGAUUUUUUAGGAGAAAAAGGAUUAAGAGUAUCUAAAAGUAAAUUGCAAUAUGUGGAGAAAGAAGUUAAAUAUUUAGGACACUUAAUUAGUGAAGGGAGAAGGAAAAUAUCUCCUAGCAGGAUUGAAGGAAUCCUGACUCAACCCUUACCUAAGACAAAGAAGGAGUUGAGGAAAUUUUUGGGUUUAGUUGGAUAUUGUCGAUUAUGGAUUGACAAUUAUGCCGCUCUGACUAGAAACUUGUGUGCUAAACUGUUGGAGGAGGAACCUUGGUGUUUAAAGUGGCAGGGAAGUGACUUGGGGAACUUUGAGACUUUGAAGAAGGCCCUCAGCUAAGCUCCAGUGUUGAGCCUACCUAACCUGGAGAAACCAUUUCACUUACAUGCAAGCCCUGAGAAUGGCAUUGCUCAGGGAGUAUUGUCUCAGAAGUGGGCAGGGCAAAGAAAACCCGUAGCCUUUCUCUCCAAAAUAAUGGACCCUGUAAUCAGAGGUUGGCCAGUCGGUGUACAAGCCGUGGCAGCCACUGCAAUAUUGGUGCAGGAGAGCAGGAAACGAACCUGUGUGGGAGCAUUGGUAGUUAGCACCCCACACCAAGUGAGGGCUAUUUUGCACCAAAAAGCAGGACGAUGGCUCACAGACUCUCGGGUUCUUAAGUAUGAGGCUAUUUUAAUGGAGAAGCCUGAUUUGACUUUAACAACAGAUCCAAAUUUAAACCCUGCCCAGUUUGUAGCCAAUGAACGGGGAGAACAGGAAGAUCUUGAACACUACUGUAUGGAUGUAAUAGAUUUACAAACCAAAAUACGCCCUGAUUUACUGGAAGCACCAUUAGAAGAAGGGGAACAUCUCUUUAUAGAUGGGUCUUCUAGAGUAAUAAAGGGGAAAAGGCAGAAUGGAUAUGCUGUAAUUGAUGGUAGAGAGAAAGUGGUACUGGAAGUGGGAAGUUUGCCAAAGCAUUGGUCAGCCCAGACUUGUGAAUUGUAUGCACUAAAACAGGCUCUCUGUCUUCUAGAUGGGAAAAUAGGGACCGUGUAUACAGACUCCAAAUAUGCAUUUGGAGUUGAACAAACAUUUGGGAAAAUCUGGUUAGAAAGAGGGUUAAUGACUAGUAAAGGAAAGGGAUUGGUGCAUGAGGACUUGAUAAAGGAAGUAAUGCAAGCCCUUAUGCUACCAACAGAAAUAGCGGUGGUGCAUGUUGAUGGGCAUCAGAAAGGAGGUAGUUUUGGAGCCGUGGGAAAUAAUUUAGCAGAUAUGGAGGCAAAGGAGGCGGGAGCUGAAGAAGAGGAUGAAGAAAUAAAGUACCUUACCCCUACACUCCCAGGAGUUAAAGGGCACAUACCAGUGUUUGAGGAAAGAGAAAAAGAAGAAUUAAAAAGAAUAGGAGCAAAUGAAGAUGAGUCAGGGAAGUGGAUUUUACCAGAUGGGAGACAAAUAUUGAACAAAACUUUGGCCAGGGAAAUACCAAACACUUUGCACGACAGCACUCAUUGGGGAAUUCAAGCUUUAGUAGACCUUUUUGUAAAGAAGUAUGGGUGCAUGGGAAUUUAUACAGUAGCAAAACAAGUAACUGAGAAAUGUAUGAUAUGUAAGAAAAUUAACAGACAAGCUUCAAGACAAAAAGCGCAAGGAGGAAGACCUCCAGCUUUGAGGCCCUUCCAAUGUAUUCAAGUCGAUUAUUCCGAGCUGCCACCUAGUGGUCGCAUGAGGUAUCUAUUGGUAAUAGUGGAUCAUUUGACUGGUUGGGGGGAGGCUUUUCCCACAAGGGCAGCUACUGCAAGGAUGGUAAUAAAAAUUAUUUUAGAGCAAAUAAUACCUAGGUAUGGGAUGAUCUCUAAGGUAGAUAGUGAUUCCAGAAGUCACUUCACUGCAGAGGUGUUGCAGGGAGUGAUGCAAGCUCUAAAUAUCCAGUGGGACCGUCAUACGCCUUGGCAUCCAUCAUCGAAUUGAACGGGCCAAUAGCAUGUUAAAAGAGGCUCUAAGUAAGCUGAUGUUGGAGUUACAACUACCAUGGACAAAAUGUUUACCCCUAGCUCUGUUGAGACUUAGAACAAAGCCCCGAAGAGAUAUAGGAUUGUCUCCAUAGGAAAUGAUGUUUGGUGUUCCGUAUAUGUGGACUGAAUGGGGAGAAAAUGCAUUAGAAUUAAAAGAUAGAAUCAUAAGAAAGUAUGUGCUUGAUCUGACCAGAUCUAU